AUGAGCAAUGCGGAUUUCCUCGGUCGGGCCAUCGAAACGGUCAAGAAGGCCAUUGAGACUGAUACAGCAGGCGAAUAUGAAAAGGCCUACCAGCUAUACUACAGCGCCUUGGAGCUCUUUAUGCUCGCUUUGAAAUGGGAGAAGAACCAGAAAUCCAAGGAAAUGAUUCGUGGCAAGGUCGCCGAAUACAUGGAGCGCGCCGAAAAGCUUAAGCAACACUUGAAUCAAAACGACGCCUCGAAUCGCAAGAAACCAGCAGCGAUGGGUUCAAAUGGCAAGGCAGCAGGCGGGAGUGGCAAGGGUGGAGGUGAUGACGACGAAGGCGAACAGGACGCCGAUUCCAAGAAGCUCCGCGGUGCGCUUGCGGGCGCUAUCCUCUCCGAGAAACCUAACAUUCGGUGGGAGGACGUAGCUGGUCUCGAAGCGGCAAAAGAGGCGCUCAAGGAGGCUGUCAUAUUACCCAUCAAGUUUCCACAUCUAUUCACCGGAAAGAGACAACCAUGGAAAGGCAUAUUGCUGUAUGGACCACCCGGUACUGGUAAAAGUUAUCUGGCAAAAGCUGUUGCGACCGAAGCGAACAGUACCUUUUUCAGUGUAUCCAGUUCGGAUCUUGUGAGCAAGUGGAUGGGUGAAUCAGAACGCCUCGUCAAGCAACUUUUCGGCAUGGCACGCGAGAACAAGCCUUCAAUUAUCUUCAUAGACGAAAUCGAUGCUCUCUGUGGCCCCCGUGGAGAAGGCGAAUCAGAGGCAUCCAGACGUAUCAAGACCGAGUUGUUGGUACAGAUGGACGGUGUAGGCAAAGACUCGAAAGGCGUACUUAUUCUUGGAGCAACAAACAUCCCAUGGCAGCUCGAUUCGGCUAUCCGACGACGAUUCCAACGACGAGUACACAUUAGCUUACCAGAUCUUCCCGCGCGCAUGAAGAUGUUUGAACUUGCGGUCGGAAACACACCCUGCGAACUGAACCAGGCAGACUACAGGAAGCUGGCAGAGCUUAGCGAGGGAUAUUCUGGUUCCGAUAUUUCCAUUGCAGUGCAGGACGCACUCAUGCAGCCUGUACGUCUGAUUCAGACGGCAACACACUACAAGCCUGUCGAAGUCGAUGGCCAAACGAAAUGGACGCCUUGUUCUCCUGGCGACCCACAAGCACACGAGAAAUCAUGGACAGAUCUCGAUGGCGACCAGCUGCUCGAGCCACCUCUAAAGGUCAAGGACUUCAUCAAGGCCAUCAAGGCUUCAAGACCGACAGUUAGUGGUGAGGAUCUGCAGCGCAGUGCUGAAUGGACCAAAGAGUUCGGAAGUGAAGGCGCUUAA